AUGGACAGUCCACUAACCUGUCCACCAGCUGCUGCGCCUGAGAAUGCUUCUGUGCCUUCGUCAGCAGCGCCCGCAGCAGCAGCAGCAGAUGCUGCAGCAGCAGAUGCUGCAGCAGCAGAUGCUGCAGCAGCAGAUGCUGCAGCGGCAGCAGACGCUGCAGCAGCAGAUGCGGCAGCAGCAGCAGCAGCAGCCGAUGGGGGCAGCGGCGCUGCCUCUGCUGUCCCGCUGCUGCUGCUUCCUGCUCCGCCGGAAGCAGCAGCACUUUCAACAAAUGGGGCUUCCCCAGCACUAUCAGUGGCAGCAGCUGCAGCAGCCGAUGUUGCAGCAACAGCAGCAGCAGCAGCAGCAGCAGCAGCAGCAAAGGAGACCACCUUACCCCUCGUCGCCCGUGUUCUUGGCUUUGAAGACCUCGCACUGCAAAACCAGUUGCAGCAGCAGAAGCAGAAGCAACAAGAGCAGCAGCAGCAGCAGCAACAACAACAGCAACAAGAAGUGCAGCGGGAGACAGCGGUGGCUGCAGGCAGCAGUGGCUUGGCCGCAGCCACCAGCAACGCUGGGCAGCAGCAGCAGCAGCAGCAGCAGCAGCAGCUUGCCAGCAGCAGCAAACCCAAAUCUGCUGCAGCAAGGAGGUUUAAAUACUUAGGUUCCUGGCGCCCUUUCACAGAGGAUGGCAAACGCCCAUCGGUGGACCCCAGCAGCAGCAGCAGCAGCAGCAAAGCGGCACCACCAGAAAAGCAGCAGCAGCAGCAGCAGCAGCAGCAGCAGCAGCAGCAGCAGUUGCCGCCGCUGCGUAGGAUGGGCGUCUGUAUACCUGCUCCUGUGUGCCCUCUAAAUGGCUGCAGCAACUGCACCGAACGCUUGCGUGUGAAGCUGCUGCUGCACUACAACGGCAGCAGCAGCAGCAGCAGCAGCAGCAGCAGCAACGAGCCUUCAAAGAAGUCAGCUUCUGGCGGCAUGCUGCACAGUCCAACGUUGAACUCUCUCUUUGAGAGCGCAGCCCCGAGCAAGCCCAGCAGCAGCAGCAGCAGCAGCAGCAGCAGCAGCAGCGCCACAGGCGAGGGCGGAGGCGGAAGCCUUGUUGCAGUGCAGCAGCAAGGCCUGGGAAGGCGGCUGCAGCAGCAGCGAGACCCGUUGCUGCUGCUGCACUGCGCCCUGCACAAGCAGCAGCAGCAGCAGCAGCAGCAGCAACAGCGGGGCUGCGAGUUGCUGCUGUUCCUGCGAAGCAAACGGCCAGCCAGAAGCACUGCCGCUGCAUCCUGCGGUCGAGGUGAGCUGCAGCAGCAGCGGCGGAUUCGCCACAGCAGCAGCAAACUGCAAGCACCCUCCUUCUUCUGCUGCCUGCAGCAGCUGCAGCAGCUGGACCUGCGCAACAACAACUUAGAGGCGAUUCCUUCUCACCUGCAUUUGCUGCAGCAGCUGCAGCAGCUGCUGCUAGACGGCAACCGUUUGCUGCUGCUGCCUCCCUGCAUCUGGCGGCUGCCCCGCCUGCAGCUGCUGUCAGCCACUUCAAACUUCAUCGAGCACAUUUGUCCUCCUCACCAGCAGCAGCAGCAGCAGCAGCAGCAGCAGCAGCAGCAGCCCAAUGGAGAGCAGCUGCUGCAGCAGCAGUCGCAGCUCAAGGAGCUCAGGCUGACGUCAAAUGCACUGGACUCCCUCUUUUUCUUUGCUGCUGGGUGCCACGCAGGCAGCAUGCAGCAGCAGCAGCAGCAGCAGGCAGCUGCAGCAGACUGGAGCUGGCUCUGCGGGCGCGCUCCAGCAGCAGCGGGAGCUGCGGCCCAGAAAACAAAAGCAGCCCCAGCAGCAGCAGCAGCAGCAGCAGCAGCAGCUGGAGCGGCGGCCGCAGCGGAGGCUGGAGCCACAGCAGCAACAGCAGCAGCAGCAGCAGCAGCAGCAGAUGAGGGAGACAUUUACUUUCGCUGCGUUGCUGCAGUGCAGCUGGAGUGCAACCCCUGCACUCGGCUGCCUCUGUGUCUUUACCGUCUUGCUGCUGCGCUGCAGUCUUUGGCUUUAGACUGGUGUGCUUAUUUGCUGCCAGAGGGCCGCGUGCCGCAGCGGCUGCUGCAGGGGCAGCAGCUGCUGCUGCUGCUGCAGCUGCUGCAGCGCAUCCACCACUGGCUGCUGCAGCAGGGCGAGCAGCGCGCAGCAAGAGACGCCUACUUGCUCAGCAGCUUCUGCUGCACCCGCUGCGGCAGCAGACGCGCAACAGGCGCUGCAGGCUGCUGCAGCAACUGCGGCGCCCCCCGCAGCAGCAGCAGCAGCAGCAGCAGCAGCAGCAAGAGCUUGCCAAUUCGGGCCCCCGGAGAACUGGAAGCUGGAGGACUUGACGCCGCAGCAGAAAAGCCUCAGAAGCAGCAGCACGAGCAACAGCAGCAGCAGCAUCAGCUUCAACAGCAGCGGCAGCUUCGUCAGCAGCAACGAAUUCAACGGCAGCAGCAGAGGCAGCAGCUGGAACUGCCCAGCGGAAAUGAGCGACUACAGCGACAGCUCCGCAAGCAGCAGCGAGGAAGGCAGCAGCAGCAGCGCCUCCAGCAGCAGCAGCAGCAACAGCAGCAGCAGCAGCAGCAGAAGGCGCAGGGUGCUCUCUCUCGCAGCUGCCUUUGCUGCUUCCCCUUCGCCCGCAGGCCGCAGCCGUUUCGUCCGAGCAGCAAAACAGGGGGACGAGGGUGUGCUGCAUGCUUUGCUUUCGGUAAGCAGCAGCAGCAGCAGCAGCAGCAGCAGCAGCAGCAGCAAAAACUAGAGAAGGGUCAGCAACGGGAGAGAAGUGACAGCAACAGGAGCACACUGCAGCAGAGCAGCAGCCACAGCAGCAAGCGUAGCAGCAGGUGUAGCAGCAGAAAUGGCCAUGAUGCAGCAGGCGCAACUGCAGCAUCAGCAGCAGCAGCAGUGGCAGCGGCAAGAGCAGCAGUAGACACAGCAGCAACAGCAGCAGCAGCAACAGCAGCAGCAGCAACGCUAGACACAGCAACUGCAGCAGGAGCAGCAGCAGCUCCAGCAGCACUAGGAAGCAGAGAGUGGAGGAAGGGGCUCUUUGUCGAAGACGGCCAGGAAACUUCGCCGCUUUUAACAGCAGUGAGGGAAGCGCAGCAAAAUGCAGCAGCAGUUUUGCUGCUGCAUGCGUUCGCGCUGCAGCGCAAGGCAGCCAAGCGGCUGCAGCACAUUCACGGGAGGCUGCUGCAGCUGGCGAGCGCCCAUAGCAGCAGCAGCAGCAGCAGCAGCCGCAGCAGCCGCAGCAGCAGCAGGGCCCUCAGCAGCAAGGAGCAGCAAACGGCGCUGCUCAAAGACGCCAAGAGGCAGCAGCAGCUGCUGCACCGGCUGCUGCUGCUGCUGCGGCGGCUGCACCCCUUUGGCUCCCUCAUGCAUGUGGCUGUCGCCAACUGCGAUGUGGAAAUGUGUUCUCUUCUGCUUCACUGCGGAGCGGACCCAGGAGUUCGAGAUGAGGACGGCAACAGCGCGCUGCAUGUGCUGUUCUCCGUGUGCAGCCGCGGCUGCAGCAUGCAGCAGCAGCAGCAGCAGCAGCAGCACUCGCCUGGUGGCCCGGGCGGCAGCAGCCGCGGCGGAGCUGCUGCAGCAGUGGCAGCAGCUGCAGCAGCAAUAGAAGCUGCAGCAGCAGCAGCAGCAGCAGCACAGCACGAGUCUGGAGAGCAGAUCUACAAACGGGCCCGCAGCUCUUUAGCAGCAGUUUAUGGGCUGCCGCUGCCCCAAGUAGUACAGGUGGCUUUGCUGCUGCUGCUGCACCCCAAAGGGCUCGACAUUUCUGCUGCCCGCGAGCAGCAGCAGCUGCGAAACCGCCUGCUGCUGCAGCAGCGCGGCUUGUUCCUGCCGCAGCAACAGAAGCAGCAGCUGGCGCUCGUUUGCGAUGCAGACAACAGCAGCAGCAGCAGCAGAAGCAGCAAGAUGGGGGGCUCGAAGCGGCGAGCUGCGGCGGCUUCCGCAGCAGCCGCUGCAGGCGCAGCAGCAGCAGCUGCCACAGCAGCAGCAGCAGCAGCAGCAGCAGCAAACGACGCACUGUCGAUCUGCGCCUCCGCAAGAGCCAAUGCCUUCAAUGGGGGCUUUUGGGCCCCGCUGCACUUAGCAGCAAAAACAGCAGCACCUGAGUGUUUGCUGCUGUGCAGCCUUUUGAGGGUUUUGGCUCCUGCUGCAUGCAUUGCAGGUAGCUGCGUGCAUGCGGAGCCUGCUGCUGCGCUUUCGCCCCUCUGUCCUGUUGCUGCUGCUGCUGCUGCUGCUGCUGCUGCUGGCGGCGAUCCUUCGUGCGGCCUCGCAGCAGCAGACGCCUCGCAGCAGCAAACGCCAGCAGCAGCAACGGAAACAGGAGCAGCUGCAGCACAGGCGCAUGCAGCUGCAGCAAAUGCUGCCUUGCCAAAAAAAGGGACACGGCAAGCAGCAGCAGCAGCAGCAGCAGCAGCAGCAGCAGCAGCAGCAGGUGCACACGCCGGUGCUGACGAGGCGCUGGAGGGGCUGCUGUCGGCACUCGGGAGGCUCCCUAUACCGGGCAGCAGCAGCAGCAGCAGCAGCAGCAGCAGCAGAGCAGCAGCACUGGCCUCCUCGCUGAGGAUCUGCAGAUGGACCUUUGAUGUUAAUAUCAGAGGGGGCUCUAAUUGGUGGUCGCCGCUGCACCUUGCCGCAUAUGGCGGCGAUGUGAGCUGCGUGCAGCAGCUGCUGGCCAUGGGCUGUUCGCCCUCAGCUGCUUCCCGCAUGCGCCGCAGCCCCUGGGCCACAGCUCGGGGCCCGAAGCAGCGCUGCAUUCAGUUGCUGCUGCGGCUGCGGCAGCAGCAAAACUCCUGGCGCCUUCUGUGUGACAGCAGCAGCAGCAGCAGCAGCAGCAGCGGCAGCUGCAGCGGCAGCGGAUGGGUCGGGGCCUUCGCCUCCCGGCACCUUGCCUGCUCUGCGGGGGCUGCUUCCCUGGCGCAGCAGUCUGCUGCUGCUGCGCUGCUGCAGGACCAGCAGCAACUGCAGCAGCAGCAGCAGCAGCAGACGCAGGAAGACCGAGGGAAUGGGAUACAACAGGAGCAGCAGAAACAGUACGAGCAGCGCCAGCAGGAGCAGCAGCAGGAGCAGCAGGAGGAGCAGAAGCAGCAACACGAAGAGCAGCAGCAACAGGGGCGGCAGCAGGAGCAGGAGCGGCAGCAACAACCACAGCAGGAAUGCCAGCAGGAGCAGCAGCAGGACCAGAAGCAGCAGCAGAAGCAGCAGCAGCAACAGCAGCAAGAAACGCAGCCAACUGAGGAACUGGUGACGAACUUCGACCAACAGCAGAACGCCUGGAGUGCAGCAGACCCUCUCUACCCUCCAGAUGCAGUUGCAGCAGCAGUCUUUUCGGCUGUGGGGCUGCUGCAGCCGACGAGUGCUGCUGCAGCAGCUGCUGCAGCUGCUGCCUCUGCUCUGGGACUUAUUGAGACGCGCGUCAGCAGCAGCAGCUUCCUCAGCUGCAACAAGGAGGUCGAGCAGCAGCUGCUGCUGCAGCAGGCCUUGCGUGUUGCUGCUGCUGCUGCUGCUGAAGGUCCCCCUUGCCGCCUGCACGCUCUGCUGCAGCACCCGCACUUCCCCAUUUCUGCUGCUUUGUUGCCGUUUGCUGCUGCUGCUGACAUCCCCCACAUUGCAGCAGCGCUGCUGCCUCUGUGCGCUGUUGCUGCUGCUGCUGCUGCUGCUCGCGAACUUGGAGCCCCAAGUGAAGCAGCUGCUGCUGCAGUGGCCGUUUACAGUAUUAGAGGCAGCAGCAGCACGACAAGCCGCAGCAGCGGGGACAGCGCCUGCAGCGUCGAUAGCAGCAGCAGCAGCGGCAGCAGCAGCAGCAGCAGCAGUAGCCGGCCCCAGAAGAAAAAGACAAGCGCUGCUUCCUCUGCAGCCUACUGGGAUAUUCGCGCCCGGCGGUCUGCAGCAGAAGCAGCAGCAGCAGCAGCAGCAGCAGGCACGAGAGAGCCAGAUAUGGAGCUGCUGCAGCAGCACGGCUGGAUGUACACCUCGCUGCUGCUUGCUGCUGCUGCGCAUGCAGACGAGUCCAUCUGCCGCUGCAUUCUCGGCUCCUUAAGUUUAGCUGACCGCCUUCGUGCCCUCAAACAGCGCGGCGCUUCCCAGGGGGUGACAGUCUUCCUUGCUGCUACCAAAGGCACGACCCACCAGGGCUUCCACAAACCUGUGGCUCCUAGCAGCCGCACAGAUCUCGUCAGCUGGCUGCUGAGCUGCUUCGUUGCUACAAGAGCUCAGCUGCAGCAGCAGCAGCAGCAGCAGCAGCAGCAGCAGCAGCGGGAGCAGCAGCAGCGGGAGCAGCAGCAGGAGCCCAGCGAGGAGCAAGAGCAGCAGCAGCAGCAGCAGCAGCAGAUGGAGCACGAGAACAGCCCGGAAAUGCUGCAGCAGCUGCUGCAGUUCUGUCGCAGCUGCAUGUACACAACUGAUGAAGGCAGCAGCAGCAGCAGCAGCAGCAGCAGCAGCAGCAGGGCUCGUUGGGUCCCGGCUUGGCCGCAGGAUGCAAGCGAGAGCCCCCGCAUGCUAACUCAAGGCUACCAGGCCUCAGAGCUGCGGGCUUUGUUGCGCUGCGCCCGCGCGGCAGUGCAGCAGAAGAGACAUGAAGAGCUGCUUCACCUGCUAUACUUCAAGGCCCUGCUGCCCUCCUGUGCAAGCAGCAGCAGCAGCAGCAGCAGCAGUGAGAGCAGCAACAGCAGCAGCAUCAGCAGCAGCCACCCUCACGCGAGAGCUUCACAGCCCUGUUGCUUUCCCUUUUUGUGGGAGCAGCAGCAGAUGCUGCAGCAGCAGCAGAUGCUGCAGCAGCAGCAGCAUGGUGUGCACCCACGCUUGCCUUCUGCUGCAGAGGCUGAGUUGCUGCUGCUGCGCCUGCAGCUGCUGCUUCUUGCUGCUGCAGCAGGUGACGCCCACGGCGUCUCACUUCUGGUGAUUAGCGGCUUCGCUGAUGGCUGCGUCUUAAUUCAGGCGGCCCUGGUGCUGCUGCUGUGCAGCGGGGCAGCAGCAGCAGCUGCUGCUGCAGCCGUGGCUGCUGCAGCAGCUCCUGCUUCUGCUGCGGCAUACCCGAAGGCAGCAACGCAGCAGCUGAGCCAGAGCUUAAUAGGCGCUCAUGGACCUCUAAGCGGAGGCAGUGCCACUGCUGCUGUUCGUGCAGAAACAACAGCAACAGCAGCAGCAGCAACAGCAGCAGCAGCAGCAGCACGAAUACCAGCAGCCACAACAACACCCUGGGGGGCCUCCCGAGCUGCCCGAAGAGUCCGGAGGCUUGCGGCGCAGCUGUGGCGGUGGGCCAUAGCUGGAGGCUUCCCCGUGGCCCUGAUUGGAGCACAGCAGCAGCAGCAGCAGCAGCAGCAGCAGCAGCAGCAGCAACAGCAGCAGCAGAGUCAGAGGACGGGGAAGAACCAACAAUGGCAAGAUUCAGGGCCGCGGGAGUGCGCGCAGGCGCAGCCACAGCAGCAAGAGCAGCAGCAGCAGCAACAACAGCAGCAGCAUCAGAAAGAGGAACUUGACCAACAGCAAGGUAAUCCGCGGGACCAAGGACAAACUCCACAGCAGCAGCAGCAGCAGCAACAGGAGCAGCAGGAGCAGCUGCAGAAGCAAAUGCUGCAGGCGGAAAGACAGCAAGAAUCGCUUUUCGAGGACCAGUGGUCCACUGCACUGCGGCAGCAGUCUGUGGAUUCAUCUCUCUAUGAUGCUUGUGAGCAGCAGCAGCAGCAGCAGCAGCAGCAGCAGCAAUUCGAGCAGCAGGACGCAUGCGACGAGUUCCUGAGCCCUCUGGAGGCUGAGGAACCGCGGCAGGAGCAGCGUUUGGCGGGAGCAGCAGCAGCAGCAACAACAGCAGCAGCAGGAGCAGCAGCCCAUGGGGCUCAGCUGCUGAAGCUGCUGCGGAAACAAAGAGAAGUCCCGGUGUCUCGGCGUGGCUCUCCAGCGCCCGCUGCAGCGCCUGCUGCAGCAGCGGCUGCAGCAGGUGCUGCAGCAGCAGCACGGGAGCCAGCAGCAGAGCGGACGCCAGCUGCCGCUGCGUUUGCCACAGCAGCGCUGCUGCUGCCCCCGCCUGCCCCCUUCAAGCUGCUGCCGCAGUACUCUGAAGCAGGAGGCCCCUCUGAGGCCCCCGAGGGGCCCCCUGGGGGCCCCCCUGGGGGGCCCCCUGGGGGCCCCCCAGGGCCCCCAGAGGGCCUCGGGGGGCCCCCCGAGGGGGCCCGCUGCUGGCGCUGCAGCAGCUUCCUGGUGACGAGGCGGCUGCAGCAGCCCCGCCGGAUGAGCGACACUGCGUUGAUGCAGCCGCAGCUGCAGGGAGGGGAGCAGCAGCAGCGGCAGCAGCAGCGGCAGCAGCAGCAGCAGCAGCAGCAACGCACGCAAGAAGCAGCCACUGCUGAGUCCCUCAGCGCCUACGCAGGCAGCCCCUUCUUCUACUGCUGGAGCUGCGCAGUGCCGCUGUGCGCCUCCUGCAUUGUGUGGCUGCCGGAGCCUUUUCUGCCGAGUCUGCAGCAGCAGCGGCAGCAGCUGCUGCAGCAGCAGCAGCAGCUGCUGUUGCUGCUGCCCGCAGCUGCAUUCCCGGGGCAUCCCGGCGGUGAAGAGGCGUCUGCAAAGCAGCAGCAGCAGCAGCAGCAGCAGCAGCAAGAACAGCCGGAGGACGGACUGCUGCUUGUGGGAAACGAAGAGGCAAACAGCCAGACUAGCACAACAAUACGUUUGCCGGCUGCUGCAGCAGCAGCAGCAGCAGCAGCAGAUGCAGCAGCAGCAGCAACAGACACAGCAGCGAUCCGCAUGCCAAGUGAAGGUUGCAGAGAAGCAUCUUACAGGAGCAGCCAGCAAAACUUGCUGCUGAAGCAGCCAUCGUUGGCAGCAAGGCAGCAGCAACUGCAGCAGCAGCAGCAGCAGCACGAGGCGCCGGAGGACGAGGCGCAGCAGCAGCAGCUGCAGCACCAGGAAGAAGAGCCGCAGGAGCAGCAAAAGCCCCCAAAGCAACUGCCGCAACGAAGCGAUUCUGCAGAGUUGCCUGGCUCUGCAGCAGUAGAAGAAGCAGCAGCAGCAGCAGCUGCUGCUGCUGCUGCUGCUUCUGCUGCUGCCAGUUCAGCAGCAACUGCAGCAGAGCUUCACGAGAGACCAGGGCGUCGCCGCCAGGGCUUUUGGGGCUGGUUUAGAUCUUCCACAGUGAAUCCGCCGCAGCCACAGCAGCAGCAGCAGGAGCAGGAGCAGCAGCAGCAACGGCAGCAGCAGCAGCAGCAGCAGCAGAAGACAGCAGCAGCAGCAAAAUCAUCGUGGAAAAGGCUCGUGGCGAGGGGCUACCGCAGCUUGCGAGGCAGCAGCAAACGCCAGGCCGGCUCCCAGCCGGCGCGGCGAAGGUCUUCAGAAGCAGCAGCAGCAGCAGCAGCAGCAGCAGCGUCGCCAGCGCCUGCAGCGGCAACGAGGAAAGCAGCGCGAGCAGCAGCAGCAGCAGCGACUGCUGGAGCGAGAGCAGCAGCGGCAGCAGCAAGAGCUGCAGCAGCAGCAGCAAGAGCUGCUGCAGCAGGGCAAAACAGCAGCGCAUGCAGCCCCGCUGCAGCUGUGAGCGACUCCAUCCCCUCUCCUGAGGACAUUUUGCUGCAGCAGCAGCCUCAGGAGCAAGGCAGCCUGGCCCCAGCAGCAGCAGCAGCAGCAGCAGCAGCAGCAGCAGGGGACCUUGAAGAGCCCCUAGGGGCUUCAGAUGCUGCUGGAUGCAUGUAUGGGGAGCUGAAGCAGCCGCUGCAGCGCAAGCAGCGCCACAAGUGGGAGCAGCAGCAGCAGGAAGAGCAGCAGCAGCAGCUGCUGCUGCUGCAAAGCCAAAGGGCAGCAGAAGAAAGGGACCUCCGGCUGCUGCAGCAGCAGGCAGCGCAGCACCAACGGGUGCUGCUGCAGCUCUCAGCCGAGCGCUCAGCAGCAGCAGCAGUGCCGCUCCCGGGCAGCGGCGGCUGCCUCUUAUUUGACCCCGCAGCAGCAGCAGCAGCAGCAGCAGCAGCAGCAGCAGCUGCCCCUGUAGAAGCCUCCCCAGCGCCCCUCUUGCUGCCCCCGAGAGGGGCCCCUCUGGGGGCCCCCCCUGCAGGGGCCCCUGUAAGGGGGCCCCCUGGAGGGGGGCCCCCUGGAGGGGGGCCCCCCGGGGGGGGGCCCCCCGGCCUGUGGGAAAUGGUGACCCCUUUUUCGACUGUCCCCAGAGAGGGCCCCUCUUUUCUAAUUAACAAAAGGGCCCCCGGGGGGCCCCCCAAGGGCCCCGACAUGCUGCUUGCCUGGUGCUGCAUGUGCACUGAGUGUGCUGCCUUCCACAGGCACGCCUGA